AUGUUGCAGCUCCUGUCUGACUUCCGCCCCCAGCUUAAACUGCCCAAAGCGGACUGGGAGGGUGGAUUAUCUCAGGCCACGGCUUCUCCACCCCCCCACCCCUCCCUCGCCCGACCCCAGUACUCUUUCAGGCUAGGACCUGGUAACUCUGGGGGUGGUAAGGCCCCAGGGCUGCCCAACUACCUGGGACGGCUUCGUUCACCUCCCCCACCUCUAACCUCCUCCGUCCCCUCCCCCAACGAUCUCUCGCACACUCCUCUCAGGAGACAGAAGUAUUUGUUUGAUGUGUCGACGCUCUCAGACAAAGAAGAGCUGGUGGGCGCGGAGCUGCGGCUGUUUCGCCAGGCGCCCCCGGCUUCCCCUGGGCCCCCGGGCGGCCCACUCCACGUGCAGCUCUUCUCCUGCCUGUCCCCCCGAAUGCUGGACGCCCGGACCCUAGACCCGCAGGGGGCGCCCCAAGCCGGCUGGGAGGUCUUCGACGUGUGGCAGGGCCUGCGCCGCCACCAGCCCUGGAAGCAGCUCUGUCUGGAGCUGCGGGUCGCCUGGGGGGAGCCCGGCGGGGAGACCCCGCCGUCGUCCCCACCGCCUCAGGCUGAGCCGCCCCUGGACCUGCGGAGCCUGGGCUUCGGCCGCAGGGUGCGGCCGCCGCAGGAGCGCGCCCUGCUCGUCGUGUUCACCAAAUCCAAGCGCAAGAACCUGUUCGCCGAGAUGCGCGAGCAGCUGGGAGCCGCCGCGGCCACGGCCACGGCCGCGGCGGGGGGCGAGGGCGCGUGGCUGCCUCCCUCGUCGUCGCCCCCGCCGCUGUCGCCGCCCGCGGGCGUCCGAGACGCUGGCUGGGGGCUGGCCUCGCAGGGCCGGCGGCGGCGGCGCACCGCCUUCGCCAGUCGCCACGGCAAGCGGCACGGCAAGAAGUCGCGGCUCCGCUGCAGCAAGAAGCCCCUGCACGUGAACUUCAAGGAGCUGGGCUGGGACGACUGGAUUAUCGCGCCCCUGGAGUACGAGGCGUACCACUGCGAGGGCGUGUGUGACUUUCCCCUCCGCUCGCACCUGGAGCCCACCAACCACGCCAUCAUCCAGACCCUCAUGAACUCCAUGGAUCCCGGCUCCACCCCACCCAGCUGCUGCGUGCCCACCAAAUUGACUCCCAUUAGCAUCCUCUACAUCGACGCGGGCAACAACGUGGUCUAUAAGCAGUACGAGGACAUGGUGGUGGAGUCUUGCGGCUGUAGGUAGCGCCGCCUUUCCCGCCGUCUCGGCCCGGGGACGGGAGGGGAGGACUGCAAAAGGGAGAAGGAGAGCUGCCCGAUGGAAGGGGGGAAAUCACCCUGAAAAAUGGACCUGGAGGAUUGCAGGAGAGGAUGAGUAGGAGGGGGAAGCGGAGGGAGGUGGUGGCCUUGGGGCACCGACCGCAUUGGAGCCUGCCUUGAGCACUUCCUUUCACCUAGAGAGAGGGAAAUGGACUUUCACACUUUGCCUGGCGACCCUGGAAAACAAGUCAAGGAUUUGCUUCGUGUUUGUUGUCAUUGCUUUUUCAAUUUCCUUGAAGCACCUGUGUGUCUCACGGGUUUUUAAUAGGGGUGGGGAGAGGAAACAGGGCUGUGUUUCACAGCUGUCCCAUGGAUUGAAAAUUAUUAUUUACAAAGAAAACGGGGUGUGUGUUGUGGGGGUGGGGGAAUUCAUCCUCUAACCACAUCCCAAUCUUCUCUGUUUUUGUACCAUGCUGAGUUUUAUUUCCUUUCUGGGUGAAGUCAACUUUCCCUGUGGCCAUCCAAACAGAAUAUCCUAAAACAGCAAAAUCUCUACCCCUUCCUUCCAAAGACCCGGAAGCCUUGUUCAGAAUCUUCUUCCCUUAAAAGCACCACCUUCCAAGACAAUUUUAAUAUAAGUGGGCCAAGAACUCAAAUGGCCUGAAUCUCUUUCUCACUCAAUCUGACACCUCCUCCCUGCUUACCCUCAGCUUCCGACGACUGCCCACCGUCCCUUUCUCAGUACUAUCAGAAUCCGAUUGUGGGGCUCCAGUUCUGAGGAGAUAUGGGUUAUUUUGCAAGCUUUUCUUUUUUUUGUUGUUGGGGGAACAGGGGAGUUCAUGCCUGAUAGAGUGACAAGAAUCAGUUCAAGCCAGGGAUAGUUUAGGUUGGAUAAUGGACAAAGCCAAGAGAGAAAUGAGGCAAAGGACCCCCAGUGAAAUUGUUUCCCCUCCCCCCUCCCUUCCCCCCUCCCCCUCCCCUCCCCCUCGUCCCCUUAGCUGCCUCUUUCUUUCAGGAUUAUCUGAUGAUCCAGGUCUCCUUCUAAGGUGAAGGCAAUUUCCCAAGUACAAAAAACAAUCAAGUGAAAGGAGAGAGGGGGAUGAGUGGGGUUGGGGAGGUGGGGGAGGGAGGGAGAGAGAAAGAACUAUGUGAGAGAGGAUAGCUAGAGGAGAAGGAUUGGGGGGAAAAAGCCAAGGGACAGAUUUGGAGGGGAGAUGGUGGUAACUAACCCACCCGACUCAGCAAGAUGGGAAGGUCUAAUCUUGCCACAGGAAGAGAAAAGGAAUGAAAGGAAGAGAAGCAGAGAGAAAGGAUCCAGGAAUAUAGAAAUUCUUCUCUGAAGUUUAUCUGAAAAGUUUCUCCCUUUUUCUCUCUGACAUUCCUGAAAGAUUACCAGCCAGAAAUCGCCUAGGGCACCCCCAAAAGAAUUGUUUCAGAUUGUAAUUACUAGUUAGGCUAUGUUUUUAAAACUUAGUAAUGAAAAACUGUGAAAAGAGCAAAGUGUUACAUUGAACAUGGGGAGGGGAAUGGGGCAAUGGGUGAUGAUGGUGGUGGAAUCAGUCUUCAUAAUGCAGGGAAUUGGGUAUGGUACUGUUUAAUUCCUUAGUUCCAGAGUAGAAAAUGAACUCCUUCUUCCUCGCUCCAGCCUACACCAGUAUUAUUUGUAAGCAUUGUCCUAAAAAGUAGGUCCUCCAAAGGACUUAUUUGCUCCCACCUUUGGCUUGUGAAAUUUCUUCAACCAAGAGAACAGCUAAGGGAAAACGAGGUCUAGGUUUUUUCCCACCUGUGUAAUUUUUCUCUCUCUCCAGUCUAACCCUGUUAGCUUGUCUGGUUCACAGAACUAUAAACUGGCGAAGAAAAGAUGGGAAUAAUAAUAAUAAAAAUAAUAUAAAAUACUAACUAAAAAAAAAAA